GGAAGAACGAGAUGGAGUUGGAGUUGGAGAGAGGAAGGAUAGAGCGGGACACACUCAGCCAUCAGCUACUGAGGACCAUCGAGCAGAAGAUCGAGCUGGCACAGCAACUGGAGGACUGGCAGGAGGACAUGCAGGUUGUCAUCGGGCAGCAGCUGAGGAGCCAGCAGCAGCAGGAGGAGGGCCGAACGGCCUCGGCCAGCAGCCCGGAGAAGGGCAGAGCGGCCUCCGCCCGGCAGUCUGGGGGGCUCUUCCUGAGGUUCAGGAAGAGAUGAGCGGGUUGGCG